AGUCGAGGUUUUUGGUUUCCGGCACCAAGUGCAUUUGUGCCUUUGACUUGUUUAGCGCAUCCUAGCUUGAAACCUUGAGGAGGAAACACAAUUGAAGCCAUGAAUAACAAGAACGCGGACUAAACAUGGCCCAUAACACGGGCCAGUUCUUACACGCCCCGGAAAGAUCGGAGGCUCGUCCAAACGGCGGCAGCAGCAAACCCGAGUGGAGCUUCCCAGUGCGCGCCGGCCGAGCAGAUGAGGACAAGCGCGGCGACUCCGGCGUGACGACCGCGCGGGAUACGGACAAGCGAGCGCUCAUGUCCUCGGACGGGAGCAAGUCUCCCACUCUGAGGAGCCUUUCCUCCGCUGACCCCCUGAGGACGUAUGAAAAGUGCUCCAGCGGUGUUGUGAGGCACAAGAGGUUCAGCUUUGUGGCGUCCUCGCUGCGCGCCAGCAACUACUUCAUCAUAAACCCCGCCCCUUCGCAAGGACUGCUGCUGCAGGGCCGCCGUUUUCAGCACGCGCAGAUGACCUCCUGCCUCAGGAAGGAGGCGAGUGGCGGCGCGCCGCAGGCGGAUGACGAGGUGCUGACGUGCGCCGGCGAGUCAGCCGCCGUCUUAAUGUCGUCGUGUUUGCCUUCAGACGACGAGCGCUCCGACAUCAAACGUCUGGUCCAGCACAAGAGGAGAGGAUCGGCGACGGCACCCAUCUACCAGACGGCAGCCAUCUACCAGACGCCGUGCGAGGAUGGCGACCCCUGCGGGAACGGUCCGCCGUGCGCAAACGGUCCGCCGUGCGCAAACGGUCCGCCGUGCGCAAACAGUCUGGCGUGCGUGUCGCCCCCGCCGCCCCUCCGUUGUCAGCCUUGCAAGGGGUCCCCCCGCGCCGACGCUCUGCCCGCCGACGGCCGAUCUCCUCUGCCGGCCGGCCCGUCUUACUGCCACGCCGCCGCUCGCAAGUCGGCCAGAGGGAGGCGCAAGCCGGCGGACCGCCGGCUCGACCACCCCAUCGUCCUGUCCAGCGACGACGAGGCAGACGACAGCGGCGGCGUGGGAAGCAGCGGUGCGGGAAGCGGCGGCGCGGGAAACGGCGGCUCGCCGCGGCCCGCCGACUCGGCGCACUCGUCGCCGGCGCCCUGCGGCGGCCGAGUGGAGGCAGCGGUGAAAAGCGGCGGCCAACAGGAGCAGCUGAGCGCUGACUUGUUUGAGGACACCAGGAUUGUGAUACCGCGCCGCAGCAGAAUGAAGGACCAGUUUGGAAAGCGGCCCGAUUCUCCCAGAAGCAAGCGAUCCAAAGUGGAGUCGCUCAAAUGCGCCAGCAUCAUUCUGCCGUGCCGGAGCGUCCGCGUGGGAACGCUGCGAAGGAUGGUGACCGAGCCUGUGGUGUUUUCCGUGGAGCACGUCCAGCUGGAGAUGGAAGGGCCGGAACCCCACACGGUGGAGAAGGUGUCGCUGCGGGCCUCGGAGCUCAUCAGCUGCGAGUGGUGCAGCGCCCGCAAGCUGCCGGUCUUGUUCUUCCAGACCGGUCCGGACGAGUGCCUUCGCCUGCGCACGCAGCUGGGCAUGACGCGCGAGUGCGGCGGCCAGUGGUACGACUGCGCCGGACAACAGUCGGACGAGAAGUACGUGGUGCUCAUCUUUGUGGACGGCCUGGAUAUGAAGGAGCAGAUGAUCCUGGAAGACAUUUUGGGCGCCAUUGGCGGAAACAACAACAUUGACAACUUUCCCGCCAAGCUGUCCUUUGACGAGGCCAACGUGCGCCUGGUCAACUUCAACAAGGCCACCAAGCUGAAGCAAGAUAAGGUGCUUCCCUCCCUCCCUCCGUCUGUCCGCAAACACAGCGCCGCCCGCACCAAAUUGCGCUUCCAUCAAAGAUGCGUAUCCCGUGUGCAGUUAAAGGGCGUUGCGGCGCGGCGCUCGCCGCUCAGGAGGACCUUCAACGCGGCGAGCUUCCUCGAGCACGAGGAGCGGGACGCGGCCGACCAGCGGCCCACCUUCUCCGGGCCCGUGAUCAGGCUGAUGGUGUACCCACCUCCUCCGGCCAAAGGGGGCAUCUCGGUCACCAGCGAGGACCUCCACUGCCUUAACGACGGAGAGUUCCUCAAUGAUGUCAUCAUCGAUUUUUAUUUAAAAUAUUUAGUGUUGGAGAAACUGAAGAAAGAAGAUGCCCAAAGAAUCCAUGUGUUCAGCUCCUUCUUCUACAAGCGUCUCACCCAAAGGGAGAAGGGUGCCGUUCCCGACAGGAGCAACAACCUUCCUAUCCACAAACGCAAGCACAACAGGGUGAAGACGUGGACGCGCCACGUGGAUUUGUUCGACAAGGACUUUAUCUUUGUUCCCAUCAACGAGUCGGCUCACUGGUACUUGGCGGUCGUUUGCUUCCCGGGCACGGACCCCCCGUCGGAGGAGCUGCCGGAGCACUGCCGCCCGCUAUCCCCGGACACGGACUUGCUGGACGGACCCCCGCGGGGCGCCGGCUCCCCUCCGUCACCCGACCGCCCUGCCGACGAGGGCCGCGCAAGCGAGCUGCAGCAAAUCAGUGUGCGGUACGCCGACGAAGACGCGUUGGCAUCCGAUGAGCAAAGCUCCAGUCAGGACGACUGCAGCGACGACGGCGGGCCGGCUUCCGACGCCUCGGCCUCCGAGGACUCGGCUCCGGCGUCCGACGCGUCCUCCUGGGCCGGGCGAGUCCACCGCGCCAAACAGCCCUGCAUCCUCAUCAUGGACUCCCUGCGUGGUCCUGCCAGGUCCACGGUGGUCAAAACUCUGAGAGAGUACCUGGAGGUGGAGUGGCACGUGCGCAAGGGCACCCAGCGCAGCUUCGGAAGAGACCUGAUGAAAGGUUCCAGUCCUCGGGUGCCUCAGCAGGACAACUUCAGCGAUUGCGGCAUUUACAUCCUGCAGUACGUCGAGAGCUUCUUCGAGAAUCCAAUCGCCAACUUUCAGCCGCCCAUCAAUCUGUCCGAGUGGUUCCCUCAGCAGAGGAUGAAGAGCAAACGUCAGGAGAUCACCAGCCUGAUCCUACACAUUCAAGCGCGACAAGAAGCCGACAAACUCCGGGCCGAGCGGCCGGAGGCCUGGUCCGCUUCCUCGGAAGAGGCGGAGAUCGAAGAGACUCCCGGGGGCGUCCUCGCCAACCCUCCGCUCACCUGAACUCGCGGUGGGCGCCUUGAUUGUACGCUGCUGACAUGCUUCUCCGGUCAUCUUCCCAAUUUCCCUCCACCGACACCUUUUACUUUGUCUGAAUAAAAGUCCAGCGUUAGUGUUUCCAUGCCAAUGUCUCUUGGCACGCUUUCCUUUGACCGGGGGGCCAAAUUGAUUCCGUUAAAUCUCAUUCAUUGCUAGCUAUUUUUCAAGCUGAGUUCCCUGUAUUAAAGUUAAGACUAAACUUGUCCCACUCUCA